AAAUAAAAUAUUUUUGUGCAUAAAUUGAAUUGUCAUCAACAAAUCUGCAGAAUUUGAUCAGAGGAAGAUCGAGGGAUACAAAAAAUGGAGUAUGAUGACCGCGAAGCACAGGAUUCCGCCUCUCUGAGCUUUCCGGUUGGUUUGGUUCUUUUGUUGACAUUUUUGUUCUGCAUGUGUUGUUUCUUUUCUUGUUGUCUUCACUGGGAAAAGCUCCGAUCAAUUCUCGGCUGUCCCGAUCACUCCGACCACCUUCAUCCUUCUAUUCCGCCGGAAACCCCCGCCUUCUCGCCGCCUGAUAAAUUCUCCCCAAUCCAUACGAUAUGGAAGGAGAAUCGGCCGGAAAGCCUGACGGUGUUGAUGCCCGGCGACGAGGUUCCGAGGUUUAUAGCAAUGGCAUGUCCGCCGUGUGGGGCGGCGCCGUUGGUAGAAAUUGUAAUACAGAAACCUUCUCAGAGUAUUUCUGGAGCUCUCCCUUCGAAUUAAUGUCGUUUUUGUUCAUAUGGAUUUGAAUAUUCCAUUAUUCCUUUGGAAUUUGUAGCAAUGUUCAAAUAUUUCUCUUAAUUAAUUCCUAAUAUGACAUGGAGAAAUUCUGUUUUUGGAA